AUGGCUGCUAUGAAGGAGUGCCACGGCCAGAACCGUUUCCGCGAUUACCGCAUCCACGGCCCCGACCACGUCCACGAGUUCGAUAGGGCUGUUGGGGUUAAUCGUAAUAGGGCUGUUGAGCAAAGCAGACACUUCCUUGUUUAUUUUUCGAAAAAAGGGAAUGCAGAUAUCAUUAUUACUGGUAGUGAUCCUGAUCUUGUUCAGUCCUUUAUUACUCGUUUGCAUGAGGAGUUUUCUGUUAAAGAUUUGGGUGCUCUUGGAUAUUUUUGGGGUCUCGAGGUGACUUAUUCAGACAAAGGCACAUUCCUCAGUCAGGCGGAAUAUGCUCAUGACAUUUUGGCUUGUGCAAGCUUACUGGAAGCUAAGCAAAUUGCUACUCCCUUAACUACCACCGAAACCUUCUCCUCUAAUGGUGAUCAGUUUCAUGAUCCCACUUUGUAUCGCUCACUGGUUGGAGCUCUACAGUAUUUAACUAUUACUCGUCCUGAUCUCUCCUAUGCGGUUAAUCAGGACAGUCAACACUUGCAAUCACCAACAACGGCUCAUUUUCAAUCGGUGAAGCGCAUCCUGCGCUAUGUUAAAGGCACUAUCUUCUUUGGAUUAACUUUCUCUCGACCUCAAAAGACAACUUUGGUCGGCUACUCUGACACCGACUGGGCACGCUGUAUUGAAACAGGACGUUCGACGUAUGGUUACUCCAUUUAUUUUGGGUGGAAACUUAGUAUCCUGAAGUGCCAAGAGGCAACCUAUGGUCUCUCGAUCCAGCUGUGA